AUGAAUCCUACACCAGUCCACUUCUUUUCCCAUGGCUCGACUAUGAUGUUGGGUGAGGAGUCCACCUCCGCUGAUUACUGGAAAAGGUGUGGCGAUGACGCGCUUUCUCACGCCAUAAAGGGUGUCAUUAUUAUGGGAGCUCAUUGGGACACUUUAGGUGAUGGAAUUGAAGUUGCUAUGAAUCCUAGGCCUGGAAAGAGUCCUGUCGCCUACGUGAACCCGUCGAAAUAUGUCGACUACGAGCUUGUCCCAGACCUCGAAGCUGGUCAAGAAUGUAUCGACAUGCUCGCCAAAGUGGGUUUCAGUGUCUCAGCAAAUACAACAUUCAAUUGGAUCCACGACGUCUAUCUGAUUCUCAUACGGAUGUUUCCCAAAGGCUGCCCACCAACUACUUUAAUCUCGAUGAACGCCCGCUACGACCCGCACUUUCACAUGAAGAUUGGCGCUACUCUUCGUCCGUUGCGCUGCCGAAAUUACCUAAUUAUUGGUACCGGAGGAGCAGUCCAUAACCUAUAUCGAAAUCACUGGGCUCCUAUGUUACGUUUCCGAGAUAAUUUUGCUAUGGAGAGCCCACCGGAAGACUGGGCGUUAGAGUUCAGACAGGCUGUGGAAGAUGUUUUCACGAAGACUUCAGGUCCCAAUAUGCGAAGAGCGGUCACAAGACUGAUGAAACAUCCGAGGUUUAGAGAUGCACACGCCACCGACGACCACUUUAUGGCUGCAAUGUUUGUUGCAGGGGCUGCGGGAGAUUGGGAGGACAAGAAUGUGAAGGCGGCUUUAGGGGCAGAGAGCUGGGAGCUUACCAAUAUGUGUAACUCGCAAUUUACGCUAGGGUCUUGGGAGGCGCCGCUAGUACUUUAA